AUGGAGUUAAUCGGAAGGCCUGGGGUUGCUGAGUAUUGCCGCAAUAUGCCUAGGGAACAUUGGUCCAGCGCGUUCUUCACUGGCUGUAGAUUUGGUCAGACUACAUCAAGCGUUGCUGAGUCCUUCAAUAAUUGGAUUCGGAAAGACAAGAGGUUGCCUGCCUGUGCCCUCGUUGACAUGAUCAGGUUACGCGUUCUGGAGUUGAUGAAUGAACGUCGCGAAAUGAGUCUUUUGAUGGACCCAGAUAAGCUCACUCCUACCUACGAGGCGUUACUUAAAGAAAAUAUUCAAAUUGGUCGAGUUUGGAAUGUUACUCAGUCAUCUGCGUAUGAGUAUGAGAUUCAUUCGCCUAGGUCUCACACUGUUGAUCUGUUGAACAAGACUUGCACCUGCCAAAGAUGGCGUGUUUAUGGUUUUCCAUGCUCUCAUGCUACAACAGCUAUUUCUUCCAAGGGUGAUCAAUACGUAGAUUAUAUCGAAGACUACUUCAAAGUUACAAAUUUUCAGCAGCUGUAUUCAAUUGUUAUUAGACCAAUCCCCAACUACAACAGGCCAGAGCAGUAUCUGCCAGAGGAUACUAUUUUUCCACCCCAUCCACGAGUUCCACCAGGUAGGCCAAAGGGAAAUCGUAUCAUGAAUGCAUGGGAGAAAGCUAGGAAGUCCGUCCGUUGUUCCAACUGCAAGAAGAAAACUCACCACAACAAGGCAACGUGCACUGCCAUUCCUUCAUACCCAUGA